GAGAGAAGCGCGUCAAACAGUGGGGAGAGAGAGAGGACAUGGAUUUGAUUUUGCUACACAGACAUUUAGUGAUUGAUGUUCUUGAGUCAAGAUCGUGAUAUAUAUCAAAGAUACAAAUCAAAUGCCAUCACUAAAGAUGAAGACGAAAUCAUCAGGAGACUCUCUAAAAGAAAACCGUGGUCUCCAUGUCUGUCAAAAAUCAAGCAAGAUAUCCAAGAACUCUUUCUCUCAUGCCCGGAAUUUUCAGAAUGAAGAAGCAGAACUUGAUACUUUUACAUCUAACAAUCAGGAAAUAAGAAGUGAUGAAACCAACUGUUGUGAAAUAGUAGAUGAAGAAAUUCUUCAAUUUCAGAAGCAUAUAUCACCUUCAAGUAAUGCUGGCAUAGUUUAUAGCAUGGAUCACACGUCAACCAUAGAAACAAUCUUUUCACCUAUACUGGAGUCCAUUGACAUUGACAUUGAACCAAAUAUCAAUGUUUCAGAUUUUUUCAUUUCUGAUAUGAUUGUGUCUAGCUCACGCAAUGAAAGAAAUUCUGCAUAUACCACCAUUUCAGAGGCUACACGCUUACUUGAUUAUGAACGUGAUGAAUUGAACAAAUUUUGUUUUGAUGAGUAUAUGCUUCUUCCUUUUCUUGAAGAUAGCAUCGAGUCAAACAGUCAACAUGAAGAUAGUAGUGGUAACACACAUCCAAAACCUGUCAUUGGUUCAGAAGAAUCAAGCAUAUAUGUGGCGAUCCAUCAAUUAAAGGAAUAUGAAUAUGAUGUGAAUUCUUUUCCAGAAUGGGAUCCAUUAGAGUGCUUGAAUCCACAAAUGUUCAUCAGGAAUUUUCUUGAUUUUACAGAAAUUCCCCAGGAAGCAUCAAGGGAAACGAAAUCUGUCACCCUAGUUCUUGAUUUAGAUGAAACACUUGUCCACUCUUCACUGGAACAGUGUAAGGAUGCAGACUUCAGUUUUCAAGUAGUUUCUAGUUUGAAGGAGCAUACUGUGUAUGUGAAAGAGAGACCUUACCUAAGGGCAUUUUUGGAAAAAGUGUCGGAAAUGUUUGAUAUUGUGAUAUUCACAGCCAGUCAAAGCAUUUAUGCAAAACAGCUUGUUGAUAUACUGGAUCCAGAUGGGAAGAUGAUCUCUCGUAGAGCUUAUAGAGAUUCAUGUAUCUUUACAGAUGGAGGUUAUACAAAGGAUUUAACAGUUUUAGGUGUUGAUCUUGCCAAAAUUGUCAUAAUUGACAAUUCUCCACAGGUUUUCAGAUUGCAAGUGAAUAAUGGGAUUCCAAUCAAGAGUUGGUUUGAUGAUCCAUCAGAUUGUGCCCUAAUUUCAUUACUACCGUUUCUUGAGUCUCUGCUUCACGUUGAAGAUGUGCGUCCAAUUAUUGCUAACAGAUUUGAUGAUGGGAAGGAAUUAAAAAUGCAAGAGAUACGAAGCUGGAGGGAGCAUCAAUCAUCACAAACAACACAACACACUGAUUUUCUGUCAUUAAUAUCAAACACAAGAGAUACAAAGUUAUAA